AUGUCAUCCGAUGCGAACAAAUCCCAGACUCAGCCUGACUACAGGACCGCCCGGACAACGUCAUCCCAUGUUCUCUCGCCGACUACAUGCCCAUCGUUGAUCUCAAGGAUGUGCUCCUCAUGGAGACACAGCUUCCAGGAACGUGCUGACGGCAAGGGUCAGAAAGGAAUCUUCGAGGAUGUCAACGGUCUGAAGCACAGCGGCUCGAAGCAGUCCAACAAGGAACAGAAGUUCGCUGACAAUGUUUUUGGCCGUGCUGCCAGUCACCGAUACUUUGAAGGGGCGACCAUGGCGGUGAUCUUGUUGAACGCGGUGUGUAUAGGCAUAGAUGCAGACUACUCUGCCACAAAUGAAAGGCCGGCGAAGCUUUACGAAGGUCCUGCCUUCUUUAUUGUGACGGAAGUUUUCUUUGCAGUGUUCUUCACUCUUGAGCUGGUUGUCCGCUUCCUUGGCUUCAGGCGCAAAUGUUUGUGUUUGUGUGAUUUCUGGUUCCUUUUCGACUUCCUUUUGGUUGCCAUGAUGGACGUCGAGACGUUUAUCCUUCCGCUCAUUGCAAGUGAAGGAGGCCCACUUGGUAUUUUGAGCACCUUGCGGCUCUUGAGACUGCUGCGCGUGAGCAGAAUGGCCAAGCUCAUGCGAACCUUUCCAGAGCUGAUGCUGAUUCUAAAGGGCUUGGCUGCCGCUGUGCGCGCCGUGAGUUGGACUCUAGCGCUGUUGAUGAUGAUCCUCUUUGUGUGGUCGAUCAUCUUCACAAGCAUCUACCAUCAGGGGACCAAGACAGAUGAGGAAGUUGCUGACGGCAUCGGAAGCCUGUUCGGCAACAUGAGCAAAAGCGCGUUUUCGCUCAUCAUCAUGGGCACCUUACUGGAUGACGUGACGUACUGCUGUAACAUGAUACGUGAAAGUGGCCACAUCUUCAUGCUGGCAGUGUUCAUAGUCUUCAUUGUCAUUUCCUCCUUUAUGAUGCUCAACAUGCUCUUGGGAAUUCUCGUUGAAGUGGUGGCAAGCACAGCUGAAGGUGAGAAACACAAGGAGAAGAACGGCACCGUGCGCGAGGCCAUGGCUUCGGUGCUGAAUGACCUGGGAGUUGGGACUCAAGGCAUCACACGCGAGAAGUUCAUGUCAAUGAGCAACGACCCCAAGCUGUUGAAAGAUUUGCAGGAGCUUGGCAUUAAGCAGAAACACUUCCAGCAAAUCACCAAGCUCCUGUAUGACAGCAAGGAGGCCGAGGGUGGCAAGGAUGACAUGGCCAAGGUUCUGACGGGCGAGGAGAUUGUAAGCGAGCUCUUCCGGCUUCAGCCAGGGACUGCGCUGAACUUCUCUGACCUUGCCACCACAGAGAAGAAACUCUUGGAGCAGCGCAAAGAGAUCCGCAAGCGAAUCGGUCGGAUCGAGAAUUUGGUCACCAUAGGCUUGGGCAAGUCAGGGCCAGCGCAGAGUGCGUCGUGCGGUCUGAUGCUGGAAAGCAUUGGCCCGUCAAGGCAGAUGACCCCAAUGGGUCCUCUGACUCCCUUGAGCCAGAUGAGCCCUGUGAGCCCGUCCAGAGCCAGGACGGGCACAGCACCAGCCUUCAGCUUACAGGAGGGUGAGGCCUCACCAGGCCCGAGGAGCGUGGCUUCCAGGGUCAACUCUGCAACGCUGCAGCGGCUCGCAAGGACGGAUUCUAGAAUGAUCGUCGAUGAGAUUCGGCGAAGGCUUGGACUGAAGGAUUUGGAGGCAAUUGGUGUGCCCCAGGAAUGGUGUGAUGAGGACUUCAGCCUUUCCGCGAGCAAGUUGAAGGAGAGCAUCAUGUCUUCGCACUGA